UUGUUAAAAAAUGAUCUAAAACUAUUCAGUAUCAGUGUAGUCUCGCUCUAAUGUUUUUAUUUCAUCACUUGCAGGAACUUUUAUCAAUAUUUUCCAGAACCCAGUGAGGCCUGACAGUCUUUUUUAACCCCUCUUGUUGUGUCUCUUAUAGGCUUUUUUUUCUUUCCUAAUUGGAAAGGCAAUUACUCCUCGGUUGUUUCGUGUUUUUCAUGUCAUGCUUGUGUGUGGCAGUGCGCCCUGUUUAUGUUGGGAGGGAAAUGACAGGUUGUGCUGCAGUUACGAGCUUCAGCUGCCACUUAAAGUAAACAAGAAGUUAAAGGCUUUAGAUUGUUUACACCAAGUAUCAGACAUGCCACGCUUUUUAUAUAUAUAACUGGGAAAUGAUAUGUCGAAAAAAUCCAUGUAUGAAGCUUGUGGCAACGUUACUCUGUGCGAUUUUACAGAAACAUCGUCCAGCACGAGCUUCAGCGUCACGAUUUAGCUGCUGUUUCUUUUUCUUGACACAUCAGCCAAAGUGGCUGUUCUUCUCCUCCGCCCAUAAAAAAAAAAUCUUGUCCCCCUGGUAUGACUCGUUACKUGUCCCGCUCAAUAAAAAGCGAGCCUAAGCGUGGGCUCCGGCAGUUCCACUUUCUUCCUCUUCCACUCAGCGUCCCAUUGACACCAUGUGGAUCCGGGCGGCUGCGCUGCUGCUCACUUGCUGUCCCUGGCCGGCCGAGGCUCAGAGUCACGACGGCAGGAGACYGAGCGUCUGGGACAAGCCCAUCCAAUUCAACACCAAGGAUAAGGACAAGUGCACGAUGGUGAUCACGGGCCAAGGGGAGAACACCAACCUGAGGCUGUCGUGCCAGGGCGCCAGGAACUAUUGGUGCGACUACGUGGGGCAACCUCACACCUGCAGCGCUUACAACAAAAACCCACGGCACUACUUCGUCCAGCUGAUGUGGACCCUGAGGAAACUGCCGAACGCCUGCCGAGGGCCGAGGCAGGUCAAGCCUCACAUGUGCAGGAAGGCCUCCGAUGACUCUCUGAUGGUCCUCCGGUCGGUCACCUUCGCCAAACCUCAGCCGGGCUCUCCCUACAGGGCAGCACCGCAGCAGUCGAAGCCGUCGGCAAGAUCUCGAACCGCACCCGGACCCGCGAGGCCUAACUGGAAAGCGGUCCGACCGCUAAAAAGAGUAAAGACCACGCAAAGAGCCGAUCCGACCCCCACGAGCCCCCCGGCUGAGAGCAACCCCAGGAGGAUGGCUCGGCAGUACUGCUGGAGGUCCCUGCACGGCAUCUGCUCCGUCGUAAUCGGCUGGUUUCGGGAUUAAUCGAAGAGAUCCUGAUCGAUGCAGGAAAAGUCUGCUGUUGGAUUUAAAACAGGGCUUUUCAACUGGUGGCCUGCGGGACAUAUCCUGCCCGUGGGUGACUUCCAUCCGGAAAAUAAAUUUUUUUAUUAUUUAUUUAAUUUUUUUUGUAUUUUCUUUAUUAUGUUUUCAAUCAUUCAAUUUAAUCUAAAAAUAGAUUUCAACUCAUUUGUAUUGCAUGUCAGGCCCCCAAGCUGUGGGCUUCAAGUAUCCCCGGGCCCCACAGUGAUUUAUUUGAAUAGCCCUGAUGUAAAAAGUCAUAUUUUAGAAAAUGUACUGGUACUGCUGUGGGUUUAAAAACUUUUUUUUGACUAAACUCAAACUCUACGUCUGCCCUUAAAACCAGCCUGAAUAAUUUCACUAACUUCAUUUAUAUUUUGCAUGCAAAGGUAAAGCUUUCAUUUGUGUCAACAUAUUUAUGUUCUUGUUUAUAUCAUUGCUUUGGAUACUACAUUUUUAGAAGUUUAGAGUGUUUAAAUCUCUACAUUGGUGGUUUUGUUCAAUAAACUGACUGUGAAAAUGUUUUUAUGUGACAAAUAAAGACUUUUAAAAAGUAUCUGCGCUGAUUGUUUCAUUUCASCUUUACUUUAUUUUGAGAAAAACAAUAAUUGUAAUAAAAACGUAUCGACAUCUUUUACCAAAUAGACUAAAAGUCUGAUAUAUUUGUGAAGUGAUGAGUU